UGUUCAAGUCAGUAUCAGCAGUUGCACCGAUCGAUAAGCAUUACAGCAGCUCCAGUGUAAGCAGCAGCAUCCAACAGCGGUGGAAGUGCAUUCAGCCUAUCAGUGCGUGUGACACCAGUUCGAGUGUGUGUGGAAUUAGAGAACCCAGCGAAAAAGAACCAAACCAAAGCAGCCAGAAUGUACAGCAGUAGCACCAUGUUGAAGUAUGUGACGCUUGCCUCGGUCAUCGCGACGGCCCUCUGCGCCAGUGCCGGUGUUCGCGGUGCGUCCCGGCAGGAACCGAGCGGCGGCGAGCUGGGCGUACUGCAGAAGGUGUACGAUGACUGCCAGGACAAGCAGGACUUCACCGGCUGCCUGAAGGGCAAGGCCCUGACCGCCAUCUCCCGUGCUAUUGAUAUGGAAUCCAUCCCACUGCUCGAUGGAAUCGCGCUGGUGAAGCAGGACAAGGCCGAAAACGUGACCGUCCCGCUGCUGAACGAUGCCCGUUCGAUGAGCGGCCUGACCACCGUCGACCGUACCCUGCUGGACAAGGUGGAGCAGUUCCUGCGCACCCACGUCGUCCGCUUCGAUAUGCGCCAGCAGUCGGAGGCGGCCCGCGGCAACAAGCAGAACAAGCACCACCGCUACCUGAUCGCCGCCUUCCUGACCGCGAUGGGCAUCGCUGGCCCGAUCGGUCUGAAGGCGCUCGCUGCCAUCGCCGGUAAGGCGCUCGUCAUCUCGAAGGUUGCGCUCACCAUUGCCGGCAUUCUGGCGCUGAAGAAAAUCUUCGCCCACGAUCACCACGAGGAGACGAGCUUCCAGGUGCACGCAUCCGGACACGAUAACCGACGAACUGCCUACGUGAUGCGCCCCUCGAAGGUCGCCGCCCCGGCCAGCGUUGAUCCUUACCGGUACUACUACGAGCAGCAGCAGCAGCAGCCCCAGCAGCAGUACGCUGCCCAGAUGUAAGCUUUCGGUGCCACAACAACUGCUCCACUCACCAGACAACGAAACGGCUGAGUUUCGAGACAACGAAAACAUAUGACCGACGAAAACGAACGAUCGUCCCGAUCGGCGGUAGGAACACAUCGAGCGGACCUGCAGAACUUCUAGAAGAACUCUUCACACAUUUCAUACGAAUUUGUGACAGCUCCAGAAAGCCUAAGGUCCUCUUGUAACUCCUCCGCAGCCUGUCGCAGCGACGAUUGUACCAUGUAAUAUUUAUUUUAAUUUAUUCGCUAAUCUUAAAAUCAAUAUUUGUUUCGUCCCCUCAUCUCCCCCACGAACAGUAGAAAAAAAAACGAAAAUUAAAACUGUUAAACAGUCAUAUUUAAAAACAA